CAUAAGCAUUAUGUUGAUAUCAAUGCCUGUUUGUUUUCAUUUAUUUUUAUCAAAAUUUAAAUAUUGCUACUGGUUUUGAGCGGUUUCUAUAUUUCAUUGCCAAAGGUAAUGGAUCAUAGCCUAGAAGUACGUGCCCAUCACCGUUUUUGAUAGAAAGUGCAUUAUAUGCACAUAUUAUAGCCUAACACUGUUUAUGAUAGGCUAUAAUUAAGCAAUAAGGCACGAGGGGGUCUGGUAUAUGGUCAAUAUACCAUGGCUAAGUAUACUGUCAGCAUUCAGUGCUCGAACCACCCAGUUUAUAAUAUAUGCAUAUAUUACACUAAACAUGUCAGAAGAGCUGGAGGAGGAUUAUGAUUGGAAAAAAGCUAGUCCGGGCAAGAAAGCACAAACUCAAACAAAAGACAAAGAAUUUAAAUUAAAGAAUGAACAAUGAUCUCAUUUGGUAGUAACAUUAUCUAUUUUAUUUGUGCUUAUGUCAUGCAUACACAUUGAAAAAGUGCCAUUAAGUGAAUUCUACAGAAGCACACAAUUGUAUGUGAUGAAUGAAAAUAAAUGGGGCCUAUACAAUCAAUGACACCCUUGUAAAACCAUGGACUUAGGAACGCUCCAAGGUGCCUGGAUUUCAAUCAAAACAUCCUGAAAUAAGACUUCUUCCGCAGCAUAACCACUCAUUCAUUCAUCCUAAAGGCAUUUAGGCCUAAGACAACAGAUCUAUAUAUCUCUCUCUUGAAAAAAAAAAAAAAAGAAGCAAUUUACGCACCAUAAAAGUAUUUAACAAUUGAAAAUUAAUCUUGAUAUGUAAUAGUCUGUUAGGUUUAUGUACUCUUGUUUGUAUAUUUCUGUGUUCCUUUUGUAUUUGUGUUCAUAAUAAAAAUACUUUGACAGUAGCUCGAGCCAUCUUCCAUGAACAAGCAGCCUGUAUGUAUCACGUGAUAUUUUGGCGUCUGGAGCGUCUACCAGUAUUUGCAUGACACCAUUGAGCUAGGACUGAUAUGAGACCAAGAAGGUCUCCCAAGCAGUACCGUAAGACACCAAAAUCAGCAAGGGAUCACACCACGCUGUCCUUGUCAAGUACCCUGUUCUGUCACAAUGCUCUGAGUCACCUUCCCGUUGCAACAUGUACAUCACAGACCACAGCCCAACUACUGGGGUGGUGACAAUCGUAGUGAUCCUCAUUGCUGUUGCUGCCCUCAGUGUUCUCAUCUGCGGAUGUUGGUGCUACCUGCUCCUGCAGCGGAUUGGCCAGUCUGAAGAUGAGGAGAGUAUUGUAGGAGAGGGCGAGACCAAGGAGCCCUUCCUGAUGGUACAGUACUCCACCAGGGGCCCUCACGUCGAGCACAAAACCAAGCUCGCCCACAACGGCACUGAGAAUCACACUUAACUGUGUCAUUAAGAAACUGUGUCAUCACCUAAUAUUAACCAAGAGGAUCACCUCAUUCACAUUUCCUGCUGAUCAUCAUCUUUCAUCGUGCCAUUGAAGGAUGAUAAACGGACUGCAGCUCAAUGUCUUAUGAGGAAAUGUGAUAUUUUUGUUUCUCAUUCCAUUGUGUGGAUCUCAGGAUGUGAGGUUGUGAACAGUUCAUUGUUAGGUUUCUUAAGUAUACAUAUUUUGAACUCAAAAAUGUACAUCUGAUUGAUGUUGAUAGUUUUUGUUACCUCAGCAAUCCACUACUGAAUUGUGACGGUAGACAGCGCUCUGAACAAAUGAGUGGGCAAAACCUUCUUUAGAGCUUGUUGGAAGAAUGUAUGACAAAUUGAUGACAAAACCAUUUACUUAAUAUCAAGUUGCUCAAAUGAUUUGAAAUGUGCUUAAUUUGUUUGUUUGUUUUGCAUAGUUGAACUUGGUUUUAUUUACCUUCAGUAUUCAAAUGUGAGUUAAUAGCCAUUUUAAUAAUUUGCUUAAUGCCAGAUUUGCCCGAAGAUAAAAAGUGUGAUUCACUAGUUUAUGUCUGUUUGUCGCUGCUACUUACUAAAUAAUCUAUUUUCUCCUGUGGUUGCACAGAUAACCACUGAAAUAAAACCAGUCAUUGAAA